GGGAAAAAAUAUAUUUGGAAGCAUUGAAUUAAUCUGCAGCAGCUCGGCCACGCCAUCGCGUGGUGCUGUUGCAGUGGACUGGGCCUUUUACCAUGGUGUGUUUUCAUCGACAGAAAGCGCGUGCUUUCUUUGACUUAUCGCUGGUAUCCAUAGCAACUCUCGAGAGACAACUAAACGGUUAGAAGUCGAUCUGGAAAAACAGUUGCUUAAGAAGUGGUUAACUUUUCUUUUUUAAAUAAACAAUGCACUUAAACUUAGAUUCGUCCGAAAUGAAAGAACCGUGUUUGGCGAAGUGGUCAACUCAAGCAGACUGUUUCCAAACAUGCCUUCAUAAGGUAAAGAUCGUUUUUGAGUGAAAUUUUAUAUUAAAUCUAGCUAGACACACUAGACACUUGUUUUAUCCAGUAUCGGCGUCACCGGCGUUCGGUUAUGGGAGAGGUGUGUGUUCGUGUUGCCGUUCGGGUUAGACCGCUGCUUCCUAAAGAAGUGCUCCACAACCAUCAGGUGUGUGUGCGCGUGGUGAAUGAUGGCGCACAGGUGAUUCUGGGUAGCGAUCGAACCUUUUGUUUUGAUCACGCAUUUGGACCGACCGCAUCGCAGGCUCAGGUUUACGAGUCCUGUGUCAAACCCCUGGUUGCAUCACUCGUUGACGGCUACAAUGCUACGGUUUUCGCAUACGGACAAACUGGGUCUGGGAAGACGUACACUCUCGGUGGGGGACAUAUCGUGUCUUUGCCAGAGGAGAAGAGUGGGAUUAUUGGUCAGGUUGCAACAGAUCUGUUUGUUCUUCUGGGAGAGAGAAGUGCUGAGAACAUCAGGGCUGUAACUGAGGUGAGGGUGUCCUAUUUGGAGCUCUACCGGGAGGAACUUAGGGACCUGCUGGAACUCCACACUGCACACAAGGAGCUGCAUAUCAGAGAGGAUGACAGAGGCAACACUGUGGUAGUGGGAGCCAAAGAAGCUGUGACAACCUCAGCUGAGGAGUUGCUGAGCGUCCUGCAGGCUGGCAACGCCCUGCGGCACACUGGCCCCACACAGAUGAACGAGCGCUCCAGCCGCUCUCACGCUAUCGUCACAUUGCAGCUGACGCAGCAUCACCCCGACAACGGCUCCCUGCGCUGCUCUAAACUCCACGUGGUGGACCUGGCUGGGUCAGAGCGGGCCGCACGCACCGGAAACACGGGCAUGCGCCUCAAGGACUCCGUCCACAUCAACACCGGCCUGCUGGCCCUUGGCAACGUUAUCCGGGCACUCUCCGACCCCAGUCGCCGCAACCACGUCCCGUAUCGCGACGCUAAGAUCACGCGCCUCCUCCGGGACUCGCUGGGUGGCUCCGCCCACACUCUGAUGCUGGCCUGUGUCAGCCCUUCCCACAACAGUGUCACAGAGACGCUAAGCGUGCUUCAGUUUGCCUCUCGGGCGCGCCAUGUGAAGAACAGGCCUGGGUUGUGUCCUGCCAGGGUGUGUCAGGGCUGGGACCCUGGAGACGCUCGCCUUGGGGAGCUGGAGCAGGAGGUCCAGACUCUGAGGGAGGCUCUUCGAGAGAGAGGAAAGACAGUGGAAAGGGUCGCUGUGACGGACUGCUCCAAACAGGUCACUCGGAAAGUGUGUGACAACAGGGAGUUAGACUCUGUGGAGGAACUCCAGUAUCGCCGCCUUGCGCAGGAAGCUGCCUUACUAUUGGAGGAGCUCCAGAGUUCCAGCCUGAAUGCUGCUCUGCAGCGGCGCUUACAGGACUGGCUGGAGAGACAUGAGCAGCUCAGCCGCUCCAGCCACACUCACCGUCAGCGACCUGUGGAGGAUGCUAGCGACAGGCCUCACCACAUCACCAUCCUCCAGCUCCGACGAGAGCUCAAGAAGUGCCAGGAUGCCCUGGCUGUAGACAAGCAGGAGAUUGACCGGAUGGAAGCUGGGCUGCAGCACUUGCAGAAGCAGGCACAGGCAAUGCUACAGGAGAGACAGACACUCCUUCAGUCCUUAGAGGAUGAGAGGGAGCACAGGCGCAUACAGAACGAGCAUCUGGUGGAACAGCAGCUGUUAAUCGAUCGUCUCCGCGGUGACCUCCUGACCUUCAGGUUGGGACCCUCAGGACCCUUGCUGGAAACCAGGGUUUCUGGGAAGUCGGCGAGGAGACCUCACAGCGUUCCCCUGAUCAGCCAGGGGCAAGACCAUGGUAGUACGAGGAAGAUCCACACCAGUCCUCCAGCCUGCUCACUGGAAAGGGUGAUGGCUGCUUUUAAGACCCGCAACCAGUUGCUGUUGGCUCAGAUAGAGGAGAGAGAUGAGGUCAUCUGUCCCCAACGAGCACAGGAAGAAGAGAACGGAGAGCAAAGGGGAUCCAGGUGGCACCCAAUGAACCGCACAUGGACAAGCAGACAGGAGCCAGCUGGUUUGGGCCAGAACUGGGGACAAAACACAAGUUUGGAUCAGUUCCCUCAACCGUCAGAUUUCCCUACAGCAGGGCGCAUGGAGCACCGAGAGGGGCAGACUCCGAUGGGGAAUCUGCAGUGCCAAAGGCAGGUGGAGGCACCGUGCAGGACCAGCCUGCAGACGCAUGGGACCCAGGAACCUAGAACUGACAAAGUGACGGUCUUUCAUAACGGAGCCUGUAAAGACUCAGAAGAAAAGCUAUCUGAGAGACGUGUGUGGCUGGAGCAAGAGGAGGAGCGUGCUCUGCAGAGGAGGAGUUGCCUGCAGGAGCUGGAGGAGGAGCUGAGGCACAGGGAGGAGGUGCUGCAGCAUCGAGAGGCCUGUUUCCAGGAGAGAAACCAGCUGCAGAUCAAGAGGCUUCGCUCCAGCCAGGCUCUCAGUCAGGACCUGGUGCAAGUGUCUUCUCGCCUGGGAGCGUUGGAUCAGGAGCUGGAGGAAAGGAAAGCCAUAGAUGGGGCACCGUGCUCCUCGGCAGUGAGGCAGUGUGAGGUGUCUGUGGAGGAGCUGCUGAAGGAGAGGGAAAGCCUUUGUCAUCGGAGGGACACACUGGACAAGCAGUUGAGGGACGGCAGGCUGCUCAGGCCAGAGGAGGAGCAUGCUCUGCUGCAUUUGGAGGAGGCCCUGGAAGCACUGGACGCUGCAGUAGAGUUUAAGAACCGCUCCAUCCAGGAGAGACAGAGGGACCUCUUGGACACGUCCAACCCUGACGACGGCCAUGACGUCACCAGAGCGCUGACGGAGCUGUCCUUUCCCGAGGCCUCAGCGCUGUUGAUCAAGUACUUCAACAAGGUGGUGUGCCUCCGGGAGGCAGAGCACCGGCUGCGGCUACGCUGUGAGGAGCUCCAGCUGCAGAGUGGGGAGCAGGAGGCCAUGAUCGGGGAGCUGGAGGCAGCUAUUCAGUGCCUCACCGCGGACACAGAGCGGCAGCUGACUGAGCAGCGUCGUGAGCACCAACACCGCAUACAGCUACUACUGCAGCAGCUCCCAGAAGGUAAUUCGGGGGACAGUGAUCAGGUAGUCCAGGCUAGGCUACAACAGCUGGAGAGAGACCUGUUCUUCUAUAAAAGCUCCAGUCGUGAACUUAAGAGGAAGCUCCGACAGCUGAUCACAGAAUCCCUUCCCACCCAGGGUCCUGGCCUGGAGACCCGGGGCAACAAGGCCCCUGACAGAGCAGGGCAGGCCCCCGGCCUGGAGACCCGGGGCAACAAGGCCCCUGACAGAGCAGGGCAGGCCCCCGGCCUAGAGACCCGGGGCAACAAGGCCCCUGACAGAGCAGGGCAGGCCCCCGGCCUAGAGACCCGGGGCAACAAGGCCCCUGACAGAGCAGGGCAGGCCCCCGGCCUAGAGACCCGGGGCAACAAGGCCCCUGACAGAGCAGGGCAGGCCCCCGGCCUAGAGACCCGGGGCAACAAGGCCCCUGACAGAGCAGGGCAGGCCCCCGGCCUGGAGACCCGGGACAACAAGGCCCCUGACAGAGCAGAGGAGGCCCCCGGCAUGGAGACCCGGGACCACAAGGCCCCUGACAGAGCAGGGGAGGCCCCCGGCCUAGAGACCCGGGACAACAAGGCCCCUGACAGAGCAGGGCAGGCCCCCGACAGAGCAGGGGAGGCCCCCAGCCUAGAGACCCGGGACAACAAGGCCCCUGACAGAGCAGGGGAGGCCCCCGGCCUGCGGGCUCCCAGAGGGGAGCUGACACGUCUGUCCCGUAAGGAACUGAGGCAGAUCUCACCCUCUGAACUUCAUAACACUAGGGGGCGCUCUGCAUUGAAGGCUAGCAGAGGUUCCUUCCAGCAGGACUCGAUCGAAAUGCCCAGAAACACUGACUAGCUUCAAGCACUUACGGCUACUUCUUUCCUUCGUCCAAACCAAUCUAGAAGAGGUCAGGUGAAAAUAGGUAUAUAAUAUAGGUAAAAUAGGACUGUUACUGUCACCAAAGCAGUAAGAGUAACAUCAAUUUGGACAGAAUACAGUAAGUGAACCAGUUGAGACACAUGGGUUCAUCAUUGCAGUGAACACCACUAACUGUAGACUUGAUGGCUCUUCAAACUGCAAAGACUCAUCAGCCAGAUAUCAGACAAGCAUACAGCCAAACAAUGAUAUCAAAGUCAAGUGUAUGAUCAAGUAUGUCUUUAUGAAAUAUUAUAUAUAUUUUUUUUUUGUUGGUCCAACCACUAAAGCAAGCCACAAAUCCUGUAAGCAAUAAAAUGCACCCGUGAUUCUCCUUGGACUUGUGGGUAUAGUUUGGAUGUUUUUGUGUUGCUAAAGUUGCAGACUUUCAAUAGAUUGAUUGGAUCCACCCUGUUCAUUUGCAUUGUUCCUUGUUUUAUCUUGCAGACUAUUGGUUAAAAGGUGCAAUAUGCUGUUCUUCCUGCUGUUCAAUGGUUAUGUUAAUGACUGAUGGCCCAGUAUCCAUUGAUUACUGAAAACUGUCCUACACAUUUAUCAUUUAUACAUGGCUCUUAUCAUAUUCUCCAAAAUGUUGUUCACAAAACACUUCAAGCUAGGGUGAAUAUUUUUCCUGUCACUUCGGUGCCAAAAAUGGGAAAUAAAGCUAUGUUAGAAAUGUAAUAAUAAAUAAUAUAGUAAUAAUAUAGUAAAUCAAGAAUCAUUCCAUUUCUGUUUUUUUACAAAUACAUAAACCAUUUAAUAUAUAUUUAUAUAUUUAGAAUUUGAUUGUUUUUGAUGCAUUGUUUAUUACUGAACAAAAAACUAUUAGCUUUACAUACAAAAGCAGAAAAUAAAUAUGUUAACAAAUAAAUACAUGUUACAAGAUAAUACAAUAGUUUGGUUUUCUUUUUCUGGUGUCAAAUAUAUUAAUUUGCAUUCACAGAGAACCAUCAAUACUCAAUGCAAUAGAUGUCAACACAUUAAUGAAA